GGUUGUCCCACUGCAAAUAAAGGGAGAUAACGGGCUCUUAGUAGCGGCGGAAAACUUUUUAUACUGACAUGUUAGAGCAAUGACUUUUGCGUAACGGUAAAAACUGGGACUAGGCUCCCAGCAUGAUAUAGGGGUCUUACGGGAAGAGGAAUAAGGAACGAUUGCCACGGCCUGGUGGGGGUAAAGAAAGCAGUGAAUCCGUUGAAGUUCAGAAAGAGAGAAAGAGCGAGCAAGAUUUCCGAAAGUUGAGAGUAAUCCAGAAACACAGCGGCGGUGGAAGAGCUAGUGUACCCAUUUGAAAGAUGAGCUUGAUGUCUGCCAUAGACACCAGUGCCUCCGUGUACCAGCCUGCGCAGCUACUGAAUUGGGUCUAUCUCUCUUUGCAAGACACCCACCAAACUAGCGCGUUUGACGCCUUUAGACCCGAACCCAACUCGUCCCACCCGGAGUUGAACUACUGCAAGACUCCCGCCGCGGACUUGAGCUCGUCCCUCAACUCCAAUUAUCUCAACAACUUUUUUCAGCUCCAGCGGAAUGAGGCAUUGAAUAACAGGGUAUAUAAAAAUGUCUCACCAUACGACUCGCUCAACAACAUUGUUGAUGGACUCAACUCCUUGACGGACCACUUCUCCGACCUCUCCCUCUCCUCAGAGCCCCGCAAGCCCAGCAAAAGACCCCCGCCCAACUACCUAUGCCACCUCUGCUUCAACAAGGGCCACUACAUCAAAGACUGCCCCCAGGCACGGCCUAAAGGUGAGGGUCUAACUCCAUACCAGGGGAAGAAGAGGUGUUUCGGAGAGUACAAAUGUCCCAAGUGUAAGAGGAAGUGGAUGAGCGGUAACUCCUGGGCCAACAUGGGACAAGAAUGUAUCAAGUGCCAUAUCAACGUCUACCCACACAAGCAGCGUCCAUUGGAGAAGCCUGAUGGCCUGGACGUCUCAGACCAGAGUAAGGAGCACCCUCAGCACCUGUGUGAGAAAUGCAAAGUCCUGGGCUACUACUGCCGACGCGUGCAAUAACACCUUAAUAUAUACCCCCCCCUUGCUUCACUCCUCCCCACCCUCUCAUCCAUCCUCCUUCUCCUCUCCCCAUCUCCAUCACCUGUUCCUCACCCCUUCCACUCCUCCUCCCCCUCCCCCACUCCAUUUCCCAUCCCCUCUGAAUUAGCCGGUAAACCUACUUUUGGGGAGGUUUGUCACUAAACACAGUUCCUGGUCAUUAUCCCUACACCUACUGGCCCUUUCUUAAUGGUAAAGGAGUGAGAGAAACUGAUCCAAGAUCUGUACUUAGUGAUUAAAAGCCCACAAAGUGCUCUUUCUAAACAGUGAUAAAACCCCACAAAGUGCUCUUUUUAAACAGUGAAAACUUGCCUAAAUAAUUGUAUGUAAAUAUCCUCAAUCAUGACAGGGCCUUGUAGCCUUGUGUACCCCACGCAAUGUGUGUGUAUAAUGUGAUAUUGUUCUCACUGACAGUAUUGCCCUCUCUUUGGUUUCAUUACCUCACUUUGGGCUCUGUUGAUUUUGUGGUUACAGAAGAGUUUUCCCUGCCAAGUGAAGUGUGUGUGGAUGUUCUGAGUAUUAAAACAGACAGAGACAGGGCUUCUAGUGAUGGUAAUGUAACAAAGGUCCCUAAACCUUCUAUCGUCAUGGGUUCAAGUCGGGGUCAAUGUCUGGUCAAAGGUCAACCUAUACAUUAAUAACUGUGAAUGAAUUAUGAAUUGAUUAUUGAUUGAUUAACUGAGGGAUACCGCACCAUACAUCCCUGGCUUACAUGUUAUAUGUGGUGUAUUUAUUAUUUGUCGUCUGUUUGUCUGUUGUGCAAUUUUGAAUUGAUUUUAACUGGGAUAUAUACAAGUAACUGUCAAAAUCUAGGUAACACCAACAUAGUGUCUUAACAGGACCAGCUUCAAUGAACUGUGGCAUAGAUUCUACAAGUGUCUGGAACUCUAUUGGAGGGAUGCGACACCAUUCUUCCAUGAUAAAUUCCAUCAUUUGGUGAUCUGUUGAU